UAAAAAAUAAUAAUAAAAAAAUGAUAAUACACAGACCUCUCACCUUUCAGCCGUGUCUUUACACACACAAACACACAGCCCUCCAUUUUUAAUUAUCGCCAUUUUUCUUCACCUUCGUUCCUCAACCAUUGCCAUACACAACAAAGGGUUCGAUAUAUAUAUACAUACAUACAUAUAUAUAUAUGUACAGAUAGCAAUCCCUAUUUCUUCUCUUUCUCUGUUCGGAGAAGAGAAAAGGAGGAGAAUCAUCAUCGGAAAAUGGGCUCGGGCAUCAGCCGGACGACGGUCUCCGACCCUUCUCGUCAACGCCGCCGCCCCACGAUCAGGCGGAGUAUCUCCUCUUAUCUCUUCUGCGGUGCUUCCUCAUCUCGCGAGAUGGACGAUUAUCCAGCGGAAUUACUGGUAAAUUCUGCAGAACGCGCCCGUCAACAGAAAUUAAAAUUCCGAAGAAAAAAGUCCAAUUUGUCCAAUAACAAUGGGGAUAAUCGGAUCAGCACUAAACCUGAAAGUGUGGUCUCAUCUGCGAGAGGUUUGUCUGCUAAUGAGAAUCCAGCUCCUGAAUCUGGUGCAAGCAAUCUCGAGCCUGGUAAUAAAGGAAAAUGGUUGUUUGAUAGUAGGGAGUUAGUUGCUCCAGUUCAUAACUCCAGAGGUAACGAAACUGCUAGUACUUCCUAUGCACAUCAACCAUCGCCACAUGGCGUUUCUUCGAAUGAAAUGCCCAGUGGUGAAGGGCACAAUAAUUCCAGCACCGUGUAUCGCAAUGGUCUUCGAGAAUCUUUGUUGGACGAAGUUUCGGUCGAAAACAAUGUCUCGGAAGAAGUCGAUUUCUCUAAUUCCGAGUUUGGGUCGUCUUCUUUUGUUUCCGAUUCACCUGGAGAUUAUCACUUGCGUAGAGACGACGCCGUUCAUGAGGAAACACCUUCGGGUUUAGGGUUUGUAGUGUCGGAGAGGGAUCAAAGCAGACAAGAUGGGAGCCUUCUGCAUGUCGAUGUGGUGAGUAUAUCCUCGAACGGUUUACUCACUAAUUCUGCUGACAUAAGCAGCCGUGAGGCAAGAAGGAACAGUAGGAGAUUAUUUUGGGAUGCGUUCUCGAGACGCAGUUCGAGGAGGGAUUCAAGAACCCUUUUGUUUUCGCCCGGCGAUUCUGAUCAUUUGAGAUCCCAUGAAAGAUGGCUUCUUGAUUUUAGCGGUGGUUUCCUUAAUAAUGACGAGAAUGGAGGAGAUUUAAGAUCUCACGACAGUAGAACUCCAAGCAGUGAGCAAAGAUGGAAUUCAAGAUCUGAGAUAUGGGGAAGACUUCGAGGGAGUAUUGAUUCAACCGACCAUACAUCUACAGUCUGUCCGACGGGAUUACAUAGUGAUGGCUCAUGCUCGUGCCAGACAAGUUCAUCGGUUGAGGAAUCGGGCGCACGUGCUGGCAUUUCUAGAAUAGUCAUGCUGGCUGAAGCAUUGUUUGAGGUACUCGAUCAAAUUCAUCAACAGCCCAUGUCACUUUCCUUGUCUAUGGUCUCACUUCCAGCUCCAGAAUCAGUUGUUGACUCUUUUCCAGUGAAGACUCACGGUCAGACAGAAACAUCGGAAACUGCAAGUGAUGUUUCACAGUGUUACAUUUGUCUGGCUGAGUACGAGGAUGGAGAUAAAAUACGAAUUCUCCCAUGCCACCAUGAGUUUCACAUGUCGUGUGUGGAUAAGUGGCUUAAAGAGAUACACGGUGUGUGCCCACUCUGCAGGGGAGACGUACGCGAGGGUUUCACCGAAGGCUCUACUUCAAACUAAAGAUUGUCUUCAGUUGGUUAAUUUUUGUAUAUAACUAUUUGAUUGAAAGAGUUGUAUUUUUAAUGGAAUAAAUUAUAUCAUUUAUUCAAGAAAAAUUGCCCCCACUCCACUCUCA